CUUGCUGUCGUCAGCCGAGACGACCGGUCUUUGUCCGUUCUCGAGUCACUCCUUUGCCCUCGUGACGUGCUCCUUUUUUCGCCCUCUUCCCCCCCACCCGGCCUCGAACCCGGUCUCGAAUUCGGCACCUGCAAGCCUGCGCCACGAGGCUUUUCAGUGGCUGCCCGACGGCUUCUUCUGUCCCCAUCACGACCGGCCGCCGGCAGACGCGGUCUCGUGUCAGCACUACCGGCUGGCCUCACCGGGACUCGAACUGGAGAGGCUGCCGACUCGAGCCUGGCGUUGCCAGACGCCGGACGGCCAGACCGCCGCGUGUUCGCGCUGUCCGGCGCUGCCACGUGCCCCGGAGACGCGGUUUCCGCGGGCCCACACCGACGAGGUCCGCUGCUGUCGGUCAGCUGCCACGCAACCUCGACCUCGGCCUCGGCCUCGACCUCAAACACGACCUCGACCUCGACCUCGACCUCGACCUCAACCGAAACCGCAACCAUGGACCAUCGGUCCGGUACCGGUACCGCGCGGCUGCGGUACUCCUUCGCACGCCUCCAGCUGCGUCAGCACGGACAGACGCCGAACCGACACGCCCGGCGUGAGGCGGUGCGGACGCCGCAGUGCCAGU